GAUUCAAAUCAGCGGUUGAGAUGGGUUGGUGGCCUUACAUUCGUCACACACGUCGACACUAUUGAAAUCUCGUUACUGUAACCAUAUGUGGGAAACUGGGAAAGGAACCGGUAGAUUUAUAAACCAAACCAUAGUUAACAAGAACCUAACCAUGGUUAAAACUAGCAGUUUAUAUUGCGGAGACCACAUCUCCUCUACACUCCAUCGCUGAUUAUGUCCAAAAAAUGAUGAUCGGAGAGUCUCUCCAUUCAAAUCCGACCGUCCAAAUCCCUCAUUGGGACCCCUUCUUCGACGAGCCGACGUCACCCUUACCCUCCCCAUUCUCCAACUGCGGAAAUGCCAGUUCUCCUUUCCUUGACUCUUUAACGGCGCUCCACCGUUACCUUCCGUCAAACGAGCCGGAUUCGUUGAGCGAUGACCUGGACUUGCCUGUGGAUGCUUUCUCCUGCGAUCAUUUUCGCAUGUAUGAGUUCAAGGUGAGACGUUGCGCGCGUGGGAGGUCACAUGACUGGACGGAAUGUCCGUACGCUCAUCCUGGUGAGAAGGCUCGCCGCCGGGAUCCUCGCAGGUAUCAUUAUUCCGGUACGGCCUGCCCAGAUUUUCGCAAGGGUGGGUGCAAGAAAGGGGACUCUUGCGAGUUUGCUCAUGGGGUGUUUGAGUGUUGGCUUCAUCCGGCUCGAUAUCGUACCCAGCCAUGCAAGGAUGGUCCGGCGUGUCGUCGGCGGGUCUGUUUCUUUGCCCAUACUCCGGAUCAACUCCGGGUUUUGCCCCAGCAGAGCCCGAGGGGUAACGGUUCUGGAUCCGGUGAUAUGGAGGUUGGUUCCCCUUUGAGGCACCAUUUUGAUUCCUACUUCACUAAGGCUGGCUCGUUUGUCUCAUCACCAACCUCGAUUUUAACUUCCCCACCUAUGUCUCCGCCGUCAGAUUCACCACCAAUUUCGCCGAGUAGUCCACAGGUGAUUGGUGGGUCAUUUAACUCAAUGAGCGAGCUCCUUACUUCCAUGCGGGGUUUGAACCUCGGCAAGAUGAAAGUUGGACCUGCAUCGUGGGGCAUGCAGAAUGGAUCAGGGUUUGGGUCGCCUCGCGGAUCCACCCUUCGCCCCGGGUUCUGCAGCCUUCCUUCCACUCCCACUCGGACGACGAGUCGUCCUGGAAUCGGUCAGUUGGAUUUAUGGGACCAGAGUUUGGAGGAAGAGCCUGCAAUGGAGAGGGUGGAAUCUGGAAGGGACUUGAGAGCAAAGAUAUAUGCGAAGCUCAGUAAAGAAAACUCGUUGGAUCGGGCUGAAACAGGCGCAUCGGCUCCCGAUCUGGGGUGGGUUUCUGAGCUGGUUAAGUGAAGCUGUGGCGGAGUCCAACUCUGCAUGGAAUUCGAUUCUUUUUGUUGUUUUCUAAUGGGAAAUUGAUUUCGGCGGCCUUCGAUUCUUCUCUCUGACUCUGUGAAUAUGAAGUUGAAGAAUUUGGAACUUUGGUAAUUACCCUGUAAAUAGUAGAUGGAGAGAUUACAGUAUCUCCGUUUUGUGGCACUGGCGAAAAGAAACAAACAGAAAACAAAAACAAAAACAAAAACCUGCAACUUUUGUGUACAGACGAAGGAUUUCUCAUGGCUGCCGGAGAUUGGGUAGCGGUUUGUUUGUUCAUCAUUUUGUCUUUCGAAUUAAAUGUAUUUUGCUUUUGCAUCAUUUCUUUCAUCUAAUUUUCCCGGAAAAUUAAUCUUUGUAAGUUCUGUACUUGUGUUCAUGUCUAAUCAAUGUAAUUAUUUGCAUUCA